AGAAUUAACGAAGUUUCUAAGCUUAGCAUUGCUCAUGAAAUCAUGGUCAAUCAAGAUUUUUGUAUGGAAGAGAUUGUAUUACUUCCCAACAGUCUGGAAGGCAGUAUUAUGGAGACAAUGUACAGUGCUUUUUGGGACCAUCUGAAAGACCAGCUAUCAAGUACUCCCCCUGACUUCACUUGUGCUCUUGAACUUCUGAGAGAAGUUAAGGCGAUCUUGCUAUCACUGCUGUUACUACGCCAGAACUGCCUAAGAAAUGAGGUUGAAGAAGCUCUGGACAUAGAUCUCCUCAAGCAGGAAGCAGAGCAUGGGGCCCUGGAUGUCCCCCAUCUCUCUAACUACAUUCUCAACUUGAUGAUUCUGCUAUGUGCACCAGUCUGAGAUGAAGUAUUGCAAAAACUAGAGAGCAUAACAGAUCCUGGAUGGACUCUCAGAGGUAUCUUCCAUGUUCUGGGCCUGAUGAAAAUGGACAUGGUGAACUAUACUAUCCAGAGCCUUCGACCCUACCUGCAGGAACAUUCUGUCCAGUAUGAACUAGCUAAAUUCCAAAAACUCCUCAAAAAGCAUCCCAAUCUCCUUGACUGCACCACAAAAUGGCCAAACAAAACAGCUCUAGACCUCAUUACACCAUCUCCAAGUUCUCCUGUCUCUCAGCUCUCCAGCAUGGCCUGUUCACCUCCAAAUUGGGCAGCUAACAACUCGGAGCUUCCCAGUUCCACAAUGGUGCUAUACCAAGGUUACCUGAAUCUUCUUGUCUGGGAUCCUGACAGUGAAGAGUUUCCUGAGACUCAGCUAAUGGACAGAAUCCGGCUACAGGACAUAGAGUCCCAGUUGAACCAGUUAGCCAUCCUCGUCUCAGUGUUGCUAGUUGCCAGAAGUUUCUCUGGUAAUGUUUUAUUUAACUCACCUGAAUUUGUGGAUAAACUGAAACAUAUAACCAAGGCCCUGACAGAAGAAUUUAACACCAGGCCUGAAGAGGCUCUGGUGAGUGUAAGCAAACAAGUGUCUCAGGAAAUCCAUGAAGGCCUCAAGGACAUUGGUCUCACUGCCCUGAGUAGUGAAAAGACCGCAUCUCUUAUAGGCCAACUUCGGAACAUUGCCAAGAAAGAGAACUGUGUUGUAGCAUCAUUGGUAAGAGCACAAGAAACACAAGUGGAGUCUAUCUGA